AUGGCUGGUGAAAUAGUUUAUGCUGAUCUCACGAUCCCUUCUGAACCUCAUGCUUCAAGCCUGUUUCAUCCAACUCAGCAGCUCAAUGCACCCCAGAAUCCCCGUUGGCACCAGAUCAUGUUAUGGAUCGCCUGCUUUGGGAUAGUCAUUCUAGUGGCAAUUGUACUCUUCCUGGCUCCAUCAAGCACAGUGUGGCCCGGCUCCAGCGGGGCUCAGAGGGUAGUGGGUGCUUCACCGUCCCCCAACUCUGCCAAGCGUGGCAUGGCCCAGCUCUGGUGGGCCUCAGAGGGUGGUGGGAACUUCAUCCUCACCCCGUCGCCCCUACUCCGCCAAGCUCAGCAUGGCCUGGCUCUGCCUGGUGUGGCCCGGCUCCUGCAGGGUUCAGAAGGUGGCGGGCACUUCAUCCUCGCCCUGUCACCCCGACUCCACCAAGCUCGGUGUGGCCCAGCUCCAGUGGGGCUGAGACGGCAGCAGGCACUUCACCUCUGCCUCAUCGCCCCAGCUCCGUCUGGCAUGGCCUGGCAGGGCUCAGAGGGCGUUAGAAAUGUUAAUAGCAUGUCUGCCGCUUCCUCCCCAGUAAAUUCCAUUUGUCAAAUCUGCCCUCCACACUGGCACUUCCACCAGGACAAAUGUUACUGGGUAUCAACGGAUUUAAAAUCCUGGCAUGAAAGCCGAAGCGACUGCUCAGCAAAGGGGGCUCAGCUGGUGAUAAUCCACAACAAGGAAGAGAAGGACUUCUUAAAGCGGAUUACAGAGAAUGGACAGAGUUACUGGAUUGGACUCUCCCUCUCUUCAACAGAGAAGAAAUGGGUGUGGAUUACAGGUCAUCCCCUUGACCAGAAUCUGUUCCAAGAUCUACCAAGCUCUGCUGGAGAUGGGUGCUGUGCAGGAAUAAAGAAUGGCAAAAUUCAAUCUGACACCUGCACUGCUAUACAUCGUUGGGUUUGCCAGAAGGAUCCCAUUUUGUUAUGA